UAAAAAUCCAAUGCAGACAGUGGGAGUAGCUGACAAACUGUUAACUCAUGGCCAAGCAUCAUCCUGAUUUGAUUUUUUGCCGCAAGCAACCAGGCAUUGCCAUUGGUCGUCUCUGCGAGAAAUGCGACGGUAAAUGCGUCAUUUGCGACAGUUACGUGCGACCAGCUACACUUGUUCGAAUCUGCGAUGAAUGCAACUUUGGUUCAUUCCAAGGUCGAUGUGUCAUUUGCGGAGGUCAAGGCGUGUCAGACGCAUACUACUGCGUAGGCUGCACGCGGUUGGAGAAAGACCGAGAAGGAUGUCCAAAGAUUAUUAAUCUUGGGUCUUCCAAGACAGAUCUCUUUUACGAGCGGAAAAAAUUUGGGUUCAAGAAAAGAUAGCCUUAAUGGUUCAACCAACGGUUUACUGUGGUUGAACACCACCCUCUCAUACAGCAAAAAAGCAUUCCAAGUCUGUUUUUAAUAUACGUCUUUUUUAAAAG